AUGUUUCAGGUUCGUAUUCCCAUCUCGAAAGAGAGCAUCUUCUGCAAUGCCACAUCGAGGUCUAUAGUCACCGAUUUUUUCGUAAUGAACUACCGCAGCUCACCAUCGCCUUUUCUCAUCCUUACAGCCAAACCCCCAAGACCACCUUCACCUGCGCCUCCACCGCGCCCGUUCCGUAAUCCUAACCGCCGAGGAAUCCGCGCCGCCCAACGAACCUUCGAAGGCGCCUACAUGCGCACAGCCCUCUCCCAAUUCUCCUUCGCCCUCAUCAUCCUCAAAAUCUUCACCUCGGAAUUCUACGCCAUCGGCGCCUUGUUCGCCGUCUACGGCGCCGCCGUCAUGCUCGUCGCCAUCUUCCGCCGCCACGAGGGCAACCGCCAGUUCUUCACGAGUCCCAAGGUGGACGAGGGCAGCGGCGCCGCGAGCGGCGGCGUGGUGCGCAAGUUCCGCACGAGCGGGAACAGCGUCGCCAUGCUUACCGUCUUAAGUCUUGCUGCGUAUGUUACGCUUUUGGUGCUUACGUGGCAGCUUGUGCAGUGA